GCUUUGAGCUCCGUGCUCGCGGGGCUUCGGCGGGCGUCCACGCCCCUGUUCCUGUCCGCAUGGACCUGGGGGCCUCCGCGUCCUGGGCUCGCCCACAGGAAGGCCCAGGGAACACCGAGGCCGAGCGGCCGGAGCCCAGGACAGGGGCCGAGGCGGGGGCCCCCGGCCCUGGUGCGUUGCGAGCCCCCCUCUUGCUGCGCUGUCUCUACCUGGUGGGCUUCCUGGAUUUGUUUGGUGUCAGCAUGGUGGUGCCUUUAUUGAGCCUUCACGUCAAGUCUCUGGGAGCAAGUCCCACCGUUGCUGGGAUAGCAGGCUCCUCCUAUGGCAUCUUGCAGCUCUUGUCUAGCACACCCGUGGGCUGCUGGAGUGAUGUGAUUGGAAGACGGUUUUCCUUGCUGGUAUGCAUUCUCUGCAGUGCCCUGGGUUAUCUUCUUCUUGGAGUAUCUACCAACAUGUUCCUGUUUGUCCUCGCUAGAGUCUCUGUGGGUAUUUUUAAACAUACACUCUCCAUUUCAAGGGCUAUGCUUUCCGACCUGGUUCCAGAGAAGGAGCGGCCAUUAGUCAUUGGACAGUUAAAUGCAGCGUCUAGUGUGGGCUUCAUCUUGGGCCCCGUGGUCGGUGGCUAUCUCAGUGAACUAGACGGUGGAUUUUGUCUAACAUGCUUCGUCUGUUUCUCUGUCUUCAUUCUCAAUGCUGGUCUCGUUUGGCUGGUUCCGUGGCGUGAAGUCCGUGUCCAGAGUACGAAGAGCGGCCUGCGAUGGGGAGAGAACCGUGCCCCUUUGGGGAAGACCCACUGUGCCGCGCCGGAGGCCAGCCUCGGGCCGGGGCACGUGGAGGGCGAGGAGGCCCGCAGGCCCUGGGCGGAGGGCGCGGCCGCGCUGCGGCGCCUGCGCAGCCUGGUGUUCUCGGAGAUGGGGGACGUGUUGCUGGUACGCCUGCUGAUGGCCCUGGCGGCCAUGCUGUACUACAGCAACUUCGUCUUGGCCCUGGAGGAGCGUUUCGGGGUGCGGCCCAGGGUGACGGGCCACCUCAUCAGCUACGGCAGCGCCCUGGGGGCCCUGGCCGGCCCGGCCCUGGGGCCGCUCCUGCGGCUGCACGGGCACAGCGCCCCCCGGCUGCUGCUGCACUCCAGCGCGCUCACCUGCCUGCUGCUGCUGCUCUUCGCCUCGGCCCCCACCCUGGGCGCCGCCGCCGUCCCCUCCGUGCUGCUGUCCUUCUCCACGGCCGUGGGCCGGACGUGCAUCACGGACCUCCAGCUGGCUGCCGGCGGGGCCCAGGCCAGGGGCGCCCUCCUAGGCGUGGGGCAGUCCGUGACGGCCGUGGCCCGGGUCGUGGCCCCCCUCCUCUCCGGAGUUGCCCAGGAGUUCAGCCCUUGCGGCCCCCCCAGCCUGGGGGCUGCGUUAGCGCUGGUGGCUGUUUUCCUAAUGCUGCUGAACAGACCUCGCUAUGGUGGGGACGGGAGCGGCGGAUUAAAAAGCGAAUAGAGUGGAUUUGGACAACACCAGCGAAACCCGAGGGUGUGAGAGGGGCCAGGCCGGGCGAGAGGGUGCUUGGGAAGGAAGGGUGAGUGUCCACGAGACAUUUCCAUGCGGGUUCCUCCAGGCCAGCCUCCAGCUCCGCGCCCAGGCCUGUGGCAUGAUCGGAGCCCAUCAGGGGACAGGAAAACAGGGAUGGGAUAAGAACCUGUGCAAGAAGGCAGAGACCCAAGGGUUCCCUCCUCAAUAAAAGCAAACUGCGGUCAACCAGCCCUGUUCAUUGUGUGAGCGAAGAGGGCUUUUCUACUGUCGGACCCUGGAGAUCGAAGGAGCUGCUGAAAGCCGGUCUGUCUCGUCCUCAAGUCAGAACAAGGUCUUGGGUGCUGGUUCCACCUGCGACCUGGUUAA